GCUGACGUCGAAAGGGGCGUGAAGUUCCCUGCUAACACCUAGCUCCAAUAUAAUUUUAAGAGACUCUCUGGUUCAACCUUGGCGAUACAUAUAUUGCAGGAGCAGGAUAAAUAAUCCUAUAUAUUCUAAGGGAGACAUUUUUUUUCUGGUAGGCAGGAUUUAGCUGGUUCAUAGCGCAGAAGUGGUUUAGCAGCUUAGCGGAAGAAAACUUCACAGGAACAGUGAUGGCACUUCAAUGCUAACAUUGCUAGUUAGCUUCUCCGGCUAUGUAGCCCAAACCAUCUGGGUAGCAAAAAUGAGUGGAACACUAGCUGAACUGAGCUAGCUAGGAGGUAUGGCAGUCUUUUCAUAGCAGCGUCGUUCAUUUCACGCUGUCCACAUUAGACUUGAUGAGCAUUGGGGCUGUAUAGGAAACAGCUAGCAGCCUAGCUUAGCUAAAUCUGCUUUAUGUUUGGAGGUAAAGCGCCUUUGCAACUCGGUUCUUCGCUGAGACUGCCGCCUUUCACCAGCAGACUAACGGGUCAGCAGCUAGCAGCUACUGGGCAUUGUGUGGUAUGUAGCCACGGCAUGCUAACCAUCCAUCAGGAAAGUUUUUGACUGCUCACAACAUUAUAAGCAACGUUUUAACAGUGUGAUCAGGGCGGCAUAUACAGGACAUAAAACUACUGUCAUGCUUAGAAACCAUUGUUAAGGUGUUUGAUAGAGGAGAGGGCCCCUGUGUAUCGCUUUGGGUCUUCUAUAUUGUUAACUGGCUUCUCUCAUGUCGACUUCGGUUUGAUUGAGUGGACGAAUUAAUUUCCAACAUGUAAAGUGUGCAGUUUGAGGGUCAGUGAUGUAGCGUUACUGAGCUGGGCCGCCAUUUGAGCUUCAUGAAUCCCUGACGGGUAGCACAGUGAAGCAGAAUGAACAACUCCGGAGUCAUGGCACAAGAAAAGAUGGAGCUGGAUCUGGAAAUCCCAGCUGCCUUAGUCCAAAACGAUGGACACCUGAGGAGAUCAAACAGUGCACCCAUGAUUAAUGGAUUGAGUGAUAACACUCAAGUCUUCCAAAGAGAGGUGCUACGUUGUCGCAGGAACAGCACUACAGUUGUCCACAGACCUAAUAUGGUCCCUUCGUCGCCCAUCCGAGUCCCCAGUACCAGGCUUCACCAGAUAAAACAAGAAGAAGGAGUGGAUGUGAUGAACAGAGAAACUGCUCAUGAAAGGGAAGUUCAAGCUGCCAUGCAAAUGAGCCAGUCUUGGGAGGAAAGCCUCAGCCUGAGUGACAACGAUCUGGAGAAGUCUGCUUCCUCGUCUCCAAAGAGGAUUGACUUUGUGCCUGUGUCGCCCGCACCAUCACCAACCAGAGGAAUAGGAAAAAAGCAGUGUUUUUCUCCUUCCCUACAAAUCCUCGUCAGCAGCAACGGCCUAACGCCCAGCCCAGUACCCAGCCCCACACGGCGGUUCAGCCGACGGAGCCAAAGUCCAAUAAACUGCAUCAGAGCCAGCAUCCUCGGCCCAAUUAAACGCAAAGGGGAAAUGGAGACUGAAAGCCAACCUAAGAGGCUCUUCCAGGGUACCACCACCAUGCUGUCGUCAGAUGUGUCCAACCUGUCUGACCUCAGUUCCUGUAACUCUCCAGAUUUAAUGGAUGGGAGUCUCAGCAGCAUCGGCUCCUCCACGGAUUCCCCGGGUAAAAUGGAGGGCGUGUCGCCUUCGUCGUCUAGCAACUCGCCCUUUACCUCCCUGCAGGAUUUGUCUCCAAAGUGAAUCGAUAGCGAGAGCUUCGGAGGCGGGACGCCGUCUUCCACUGUCGACGGGGAAUCGCCCUUCUCAAAGCCCCCAGCCCCUGGUUUUUAGGCCUGCAUUUAGUUUACAUGGACUCGUCCAUUAUUUGCCUCUGUACCACUGUUGUCAUGGCGACUUUCACAGAGGGUGUAGAUAGUUUGGAGUUGAGGAAUGAAAAGCCACGGCGAGGUGGUGGGAGUGAAGCUGACUGAACACUGUGAGCGCCAGCUGCUAUUGACCAUCCUAGAUGGUGCUCAGCUGCAUUGUCCUAUAGUGUAUAACUGGCUGUCCUGCCAUUUGUGUCCUACUCGUCCCCCCAUCUCAGAGACACUGAGCACUGGACAUUGAUGGUGUCUGUGUGCUGGUAAACUUCGUCCCUAAUGCCUUUGUAUGUACAGUCUGCUGAUUUUGUAAGAUCUAACUUAUUGUUUUCCUGCUUUGUUUGUAAGUAUGUACAUAUAAAUCUAGUGAGUUUAUAUAUAUAUAUAAAAAUAUAUAUAUAUAGUUUGAGUGUGAGAUGAAUAGGCCGGAGUUUUCAUCCAGGGUGCAUCUGGAGAUUUUCUGUUUUGUUUGGAGAGGAUUUUCAGAAUAUUUUUUGAUCAUAGGCUGUGAACUGUGGUGACUUUCUUUUUCUGAGAUUUACUUCCUUUUUAAAUAAUAA